AUGAGCCCUGCGCCAUGGUAUAAGGCGAGACUGCCUUCUAAGUGUUUUCAAGAAUACAGCUGUAAAAAAGAGAGGUAUUCAGAUGCCCUCAAUAGCCAGCGGUGGAGAUUUUUGAAAAGUGGCUUGGAUGACUUCAGGAAUGGCUGCUGUCCACCUGCUGACAACAUCAUCAUCCGUGGCAAUAAGGGUCCCGUCCCCAUCAUUCUACGUUACAAAAAACCGGAUCCUUCACAGAUUGUACCAUGUAAGCCCUGGGAACUACGGACCAAAAGCGACAUCAGUUUUUCCAAGCUCAGCACAUCUCAGAAAGCCAAGAAGGAAUAUAUUGCACAGACUGAGCGCUGCUUGGCAGAACACCCGUUGGCGCUUUACCCUCAUUUGGAGGAAAGCGUGCCACCAGAGCUUUUUUGCGAUGUUGUGAAGCUACUUGACCCAGAGAUGCACCGGAGCAGAAUUUUACAAAACCGUCCCCAACCCAAAACGACUUUGCCAACCUUUCAAUAUCAGGUUCAAUCACACGGAUUAAAACCUGGAAUGAGGCAUAGCUCUGCUACCGAGUUCUGGAAGCCCAAAUACAAGAAUCCUUACAUGUGGCUUAGUAAAAAAGAGGUGGCUGCCAGAGAAGAGGCAGACAGAAUAGGCUAUGUUCCUCCCUUGGACGAGAAUGUAAAGCAAAUCACCAAGGACUUCUGUGACUGGGUCAAUACUAUGGGAGGUGAACAGUAUAACAUCGACGAAGCCACCCUCAUGAAACUGUUUGACACCAGGUACGAAACCAAAGCUGCCUCAUCAGCGCCCAUUAAAAUUGUGAAGCUGUAUCAAGUGCCAGCAGAACUGAAAGAGUGCCUGGGGAGACCUCCGUCCCCAUCAGCUUAUAAGAGCUCUCUCAAGACCUCUUCUGAGCCGAAACAAGAGAAGAUAAAAUACGGAGCAUGGUACCUGCAUCCCAAAACAUGGAAAAAACUAAAAGUGGAAGAAAAGCCAGCGGUCCCUGACAUUCUGCAAAACUUUUUGAAUUUAAGGAAGUAUGGCAAAAAGGUAGAGAAAAUUGAAGAAGAGGCAAAACCACUCCAUGGAAUAUAUGCCUUUGAUGAAUUCCUGGAGCUGAAAGGCUACAGGAAGCCUGCGUCUCACCCCGAGGGCCACAAUGCCCGAGCCUUUCCUCGGGACGCAGACGGGCUCCCCGCAGGCGCGGGCGCCGCCCGGGCCAGGCUCCUCCCAAGGCGGGCAGGUGCCUGGCUGGCUCGGGAGGGCCUUAUAAGGCUCCGGCGAGGGCGGGCCGCCUGGCAGCGGCUGGUCUCGGCGCUGGGCCGGCUGGACGCUUCUGCUCUCCGGCGGGCCAGCGAGUGA